GCCGGAUGCUGCCCUUGCAACCUUUGCCUCGAUGAGGCACUCAGCGCUGGCGAAGCAACUCGAGGCAUCACCUUAAGCAUCGAUCAGCAUUGAAUCGACGCCAGCCCAGAGUGACAACGAGGCGACCAUCAUUAGCUUCAUCCACCAGCUUCGAUUCUACUUCAGCGACCAUAGAUUAGCUGCGCAGAGGAGCCCCCGACAGGACCGACCAUCGAUUCAAGUAGGAGGCACAGCGAACAAGGCUCCGGGGCAGAACGCGCAGAAAAAGAAUCGAGAAAGAGGAUUCAGGAAGGGAAUUUGCGCGUGGUGAUUUCUAGCUUCAACCUUCUUACUUUUCAGGUCAAACGUGGUACUCUCAAUACUUCGCAGUUGGUGGUUCUCUUCGGUUGAAGGAGGGAGAAAAGGUUGGGACAGGACAGGGCAAUUCAGUCAAGUUUCGAAAAGCAUCACGCUCGGGUUUUACCCUCAAGAUUGCAAGCACAGAGCUUCGUCUUCAUCUCUAUUGUAUCUGUAUCUGCCAAAGAAGGCGGUCAGACUCUGGGUCCAGUCAAGUUGUUGAAGCAGUAUUUCGGUGGUUGUGGUUUUCAGGAGUACGUAUUUGUAUUCUAUCCCAUGUAUCUCAGAUCCGUUAGAAGCGCGCACGCUUGGAUAUCAGCGCAAACUUUGGCUCAAUUAAUGUUUUCGCACGCUGAUAUGUCUCCUCUCCUUCUACAGAAACCACUUACGGUUACAGGUUUUCAUAUCAAGGUGUAUUAAAGCAAUAAAUCUCAGUUGACCCUCCUUUGACUCUUCAACGCGUCCAAAAUGGCAGACGACGAAUUCGAUAUCGACAUCUAUGGCGAUGCCAACCCUGAACAGGAUACUCCCUUCAAAAAGGAUGAAGAGGGUGAUGUGAAGAUCGAUGGUGUUGAGGAGGCUGUCAAUGGACAUGCUGACACUGCUAACGGCCUCAAGCCCGAAGAGGAGCAGGACGAUCAAGACGACGAUUAUGUCGAUAUCAAGGUCUCAAAGUACGACAGCGACCGCAAGAUGGACGAACAGCAAAAGAUCAAGAGCACAGACGAGUCUGGUGCUGACCUGCUGAAAAUCCCGAAGCAAGCGCCUCAGCAACAAGGCGUUAAGCGCAAAGAAGGUUCAGAUGAUCGCCCCAUAGAUCCUGGAGCAACGACAGCCCUGCUAAUCUCAGAGUUGCACUGGUGGAAUACCGACGAUGAUGUCCGAGGUUGGGUCAACCAGGCGCAAGUCGAGGAUGAACUCAAGGAAAUUACCUUUUCCGAGCACAAGGUCAACGGCAAAAGCAAAGGGUAUGUUUGGUCUUCAAUUUGGUCACCCGUAAGACUAAUAAACUCGUAGUCAAGCAUAUGUAGAGUUUACAUCCCAACAAGCCGCAACUGCUGCUAAGCACAAGAUUGAUGCGUUUGGAGAAGGACAACAGUACGCGAAAAAGCAUACAGUUACUUACUCGAAUCCAAACACCAAUCCCUUUCGGACGUUACCGAAAGAUGCUCCUCCUCGCACUGAAAAGGGAAGCCAAAGCAAUCGUGGACAGUCUGGAAAUUACACUGAGAGGGGUAACUCAAAUGGCAAUUUUGGAGGCAAUUUCCGAGGACGAACUCCGGGUUACAAUGCUCGCGGCGGUAUGAACAACAACAUGAAUAACAACAACUUCAAUCGCAACUUCUCAGGCCCUGCUAUGGGUAACAUGGGAGGUGGUGGCUUCAACGCAGGAAUGGGCUUUCCCAACAACCCGAUGGCUGGUCAAUUUGGCGGCGGGUUCCAUAACCGCGGCAACAUGAUGGGCGGUAUGCGUGGAGGGCCCAAUGGGAUGCGUGGUGGCAGAGGAGGUAUGGGUAACAACAUGAUGGGAGGUAUGCCUAUGGGCGGGAUGCCAAUGGGUGGUAUGCCUGGGAUGGGAGGUAUGCAAAUGGGGAUGGGCCAGAUGAAUGGCAUGCCAGGUAAGUCUGUUCAAAGAGAUAGUGUUGCCUUGGACUAAUCAUGAAUUGUUAGGUGGUGGCUUCGGAGGCAUGCAAGGUCACUUCAACCCAACUUUCUUCCCCCAAAACCAAGCUGCUGGUGGAGAUUGGCAAGCGAAUCCACACGGAGCCAAACGACCUCGCCCAGAGUAAGCCGAUCGUCUAACCGUCUUUGUAUGACGUGGAAGGUUUUAUUAUUUAUGACAUGAUGGGUCUAGUGACCACCAACUACCUAAGUUUUUCGGAUCAAUGGGGGAUUUCUUUCAAAGCAAAGCAUCUGGGUGGAUCAAUACGGGCGUUGGGACUAUGAAUGGUUGUUGCUUUUUUCCUCCGAGAUUUUCGGUCUCGUGCCCAACUGUGUAAUUGUUUAUUGGCUGUACAAUAGAUGGCGUUUUCUUCUUCUUCGUUUGAUACGUGGCCAGCAUGUAUCGGUCCAUAUCUGAAUAUCAGGACGCCGAGUUUGAGGUUUCUUUUAGGGGAUUGUCUUUUCUGUCUUUCUUUUUUUUCUUCUUUUUCUGAUCUCUUUCCUCUGUUCUAUCGAUUUCCUGGUGUUUUGUAUACUCCCUGGGAUCUUUUGAGAUGAGGGUUUUGUGGUAGAGCCAUAUAUAAGACCCGAAAGAGAUCGUGGUAUCAGGGGGGAAUGGUGGGUGUAAUUUGUGAAUGUGUAAAGUAGUGUGUGUAUCAA